CUUUCUUGGGAGAAAUCGUCUUUUGGUGGAAAGCUGUCCUCUUGCCAUGUGGAAAUGUCAACUACGUUCGGGAUGAACUGAAAAGCGUGCCCAACUUUUCACAUCGUUGCAAAAAUAAAUGUCCCAAAAUCGCACUAAACGGAUAUAAAUUGCUAUAAAACGCUUUAAAUUAACUACUUUGUGAUGUUUGUAACUCCUAUAACGAGUGAAAAGAUGACCGGAGAAAUAUAACAGGCUAAACUAACGCUUGGAACAGGAGAGGGUCGGUGUCUUCCACGCGCGUUACGCAGCAAGAAAAGACUUGCUAGCUAAAGGUUUUUUUCAUUUGUAGGGCCUGUGAACGAGCAAUCGAGCCCGUUGGAAUCGUCAUCACGUAAAGGCAUCCAGGGGAAGACGUAAGAAGUGUCCGUAUAGUCAUAGCAACGACAGUGCCCGUUUAAAUGACUUCAGAAAAGUGGCCAACGUUUCUCAAAUCUGACUCCAUGUCAGGGAAAUUGCUGUAGAAUGGGCUCUGUUCCACUUAGAGACAAAAUUUCAACUCCUAUAGAAACUAUAGACUGUUUUCUAUCCAAUAAUAAUAAUAAUAUGCAUAUUGUACGAUCAAGGAUUUUGUGGGAAGCCGUUUAAAAAAUUAGCCACAUUAGCAUAAAUAGUCUAAACAGCGCCCCCAUCCCCAACAGGUUAAGGCAAGGAUGCCCCAUGCGGGCUUUAGAUUGGUCAAAGGAAGUCUCAGAGCAAUGGGCCAUCGUGUACAAUGGCGAAGAGUUAGGGCGUCUUUGCAGCUUGUAGAUGGUGCAGGUAUCAUUGCCAGAAUGAUCCAGCUUCGUUGCAUUGCUCGGCAAAAAUACUCUGUUCCUGUCUCUUGUCCACAUUGAUGCAAAUCAUACAUUGAUAAGGUGCUAAGAUGUAUAAUGUCUCCAUCAAAUCUAAGAGGUUAUUUUAACUUUUUUAUUCUUACUUAUUCGUAGACAAAUGUUCAAUGAUGUUUGGAGUUGGAGCUGUUCUUCAUCAACUGGUAAUACAUAAAUAAUUAAGCAGGUUAAUUAAAGGUUAAACAUUUCACUUUUAAUUCAAAUGCUUUUGUUCAAGAUACAACAUUGUCAGUUUUGGCAGCAUAGAUGGAUUUUCAAGGAAGGUAAGUAUAUUAUUUUGUAUACAUAUUGGGUAUUUCUAAUCACCUAAUGAACAACCACAAUACCAGUCUGGUGUUAACUUCUCUAGGGUAGGGGGCAGCAUUCUGAAUUUUGGAUAGAAAACACUCUAAAGUUUCCAAAACUGUUAAAAUAGUGUCUGAGUAUAACAGAACUGAUUUGGCAGGCGAAAACCUGAGAAAAAUCCAUUCAGGAAGUAGGAUUAUUUUUUGGUUUUGUAGUUUUCUAUUCAAUGCCAAUUCAGUGUCCAUUGACUUAGGACUCAAAUUGCAGUUUCUAUGCCUUCCACUAGAUGUCAACAGUCUUCAGAAAUUGUUUCAGGCUUGUAUUCUGAAAAAUGAAGAAGUAAGAGCAGUCUGAAUGAGUGGACCCUGCCGUGUCACAGAGCUUUUUCCUGCACAAGACCGAGAGAGUGCAUUUCUUGUUUACCUUUUAAAUUGACAACGUUAUUGUCCGGUUGAAAUAUUAUCGAUUAUUUAGGCUAAAAACAACCUGAGGUUUGAAUAUAAAUAUCGUUUGACAUGUUUCUAUGAACUUUACGGAUACAAUUUGGAUGUUUUUGUCUUCCUGUUUUGACUGCGUUUGAGUCUGUGGAUUACUGAAGAAAAUGCGCAAACAAAACGGAGGUUUUUGGGUAUAAAGAGACUUUAUCGAACAAAAAUAACAUUUAUUGAGUAAAUGAAUGUCUGCUGAGUGCAACCAUAUGAAUAUCAUCAAAGUUUGGAUGAAGAAGGAUACCUUGAACUGUCGAAUUCUAUCCACCUCUUCUGUGUGGGAUAUGUGUUCCUACCUCGUCUGCGGGCAGAUCUGCAGCAUUUCACAGAGAGUUGGAAUAAUCACCCUGUAUUAAGUAUUGAGGCCAACCUGACGCCUCACCAGCUGUGGCAUAUUGGAAUGCACCAAACACCUGUGUGCAUUUUUGUUUAUGCCUUAUCACUACACAGCUGAUUCAAAUGAUCAAGUCAUCAUCAAGCUUCAAGUGGUUAUAUUAGCUGUGUUGGUGAACCCCUCCCGUAUCUGAACUGGUUGACACAGAGGGCACAGCAUGAUCAUAGGUAUGUUUUGAUGUGAGAGAGGAAGCCAGUCCCGUCAUCGCCACCUCACCCGCUCUGAAGAUAACCUUCAGGCCCACUGAGAAUAUUAGGUACAUGGAGGAUGCCUUUUUCACCAAGAGAUGUACAUCUUCCACAGUGGUGUGAAACAUGUGGCUAUGCAGCUCCGGAAAGAGGGUCUUAACAGCACUAUCCAUUUGGCAAUGGAUGUUUCUUUAUUCCAGGUCCCGAAGGUAGCUUUCCAGAGUUGUUUUCAGAAUCAUCUGAAAACAACACUCUGGGUCUUUACACACUACAACAAUCCUUGGUGAUGGUUUUUGCAACCCUGCAACCCUCCACAAUCUUUCAACGUGACAAAGGGAUGUACAGAGGAAUCUGAACUUAGAGCCCUGCAGCAAGGCUCCUUGAUUUUUAAGGAAGAGACCGAUGAAAGCCACGUAAUACCAAUGGAAUCAACCAUUACACCUCCAAUAGAUAGCCUAUUUCAGGGGUUCUUAUUCUCAUUCUUCAGGGGUUCUCAUUCUGCACCCCAGAUUAACACUAUAAAAUGCAAUAUACCGCACUUGAAAAAAUUGUCUUGCUCAUAAAAACCUAGCAAACGUUGGGCUAUAUCUUGAUCUAUUUAUAUGUCAGUUAGAUUAUCAAAACACCACCUAUAGUCAUAUAAUUAAUAUGAUAUAUAAUUACACUUAUUCACAUUGUUUUCCUUAUCUUAUUUUGAAAAGUUUUAUUAAAACUUCUUAUGGCUGCAAGCCCGAAGCCGGGCACAAUAUGACAACAGCCACUUCAAGUGCAGGGCGCGAAAUUCAAAAUAUAUUUUUUAGAAAUAUUUAACUUUCACACAUUAACAAGUCCAAUACAGCAUUUGAAAGAUAAACAUCUUGUGAAUCCAGCCAACAUGUCCGAUUUUUAAAAUGUUUUACAGCGAAAACACCACGUAUAUUUAUGUUAGCUCACCACCAAAUACACAAAAGGACAGACAUUUUUCACAGCACAGGUAGCAUGCACAAAACCAACCUAACUAACCAAGAACCAACCAAAUUAACCAAGAAACAACUUCAUCAGAUGACAGUCUUAUAACAUGUUAUUCAAUAAAUCUAUGUUUUGUUCGAAAAAUGUGCAUAUUUGAGCUAUAAAUCAGUUUUACAUUGCAGCUACCAUCACAGCUACCGUCAGAAAUGGCACCGAAGCAGCCAGAGUAAUUACAGACACCAACGUCAAAUACCUAAAUACUCAUCAUAAAACAUUUCUGGAAAAUACAUGGUGUACAGCAAAUGAAAGACAGGCAUCUUGUGAUUCCAGCCAAUAUUUCCGAUUUCUUAAGUGUUUUACAGCGAAAACACAAUAUAGCAUUAUAUUAGCUUACCACAAUAGCCAGAAACACAUGCCAUGCCCCAGCAGCAAAAGUUAGCGAUCGUAACAAACCAGCAAAAGAUAUAUAAUGUUUGACUAACCUUGAUAAGCUUCAUCAGAUGACAGUUCUAUAACAUCAGGUUAUACAUACACUUAUGUUUUGUUCGAAAAUGUGCAUAUUUAGAGCUGAAAUCAGAGGUUAUACAUUGUGCUAACGUAGCAUCUUUUUCCCACAACGUCCGGAUAUUUUUCUGGCACUCACAUAUUCUGACCAAAUAACUAUUCAUAAACAUAACUAAAAAAUACAUGUUGUAUAGGAAAUGAUAGAUAGAUAGUUAAUGCAAUCGCCGUGUUAGAAUUCUAAAAAUAACUUCAUUACGAUAUGCAGUUUACGUUAUGGCGAGAGCGUGCCCAAAACCUGGCCGCAACCUACUAGUACAACAUGUUCGAAAGAUAUAUGAAAUAACAUCAUAAAAUGGGUCCUACUUUUGAUGAUCUUUCAUCAGAAUGUUGUACAAGGGGUCCUUUGUCGGGAACAAUCGUUGUUUGGAUUUAGAAUGUCCUCUUCUCCAGUCAAUUAGCACGGAAAGCUAGCAAAGUGGCGCUAAGCUCUCCUUCGUGAACAAACGCAGACAACGCAACACGCCUAACGUCACGAAAAAAUUUCAAUAAUCUAAUAAAACUAUAUUGAAAAAACAUACUUUACGAUGAUAUUGUCACAUGUAUCAAAUAAAAUCAAAGCCGGAGAUAUUAGUCGUCUAUAACGACAGCUGUACAGAAGGAAAAACCAGGUCCCUUCGCGUGCUCUCCAGAAAACAGGAAACUGGUGACACGUCAUACAAAGAGCUUUUAUUCUACCCCAGAUCAAGUUAUACACUCCAUUUCUUCUCUCACUGCCUGUCGACAUCUAGUGGAAGACGUAUGAAGUGCAUGUAUUCUAAUAAAUAUCAAGGACCUUUAUAGGCAGCCCCUAGAAGAGAGCAUCGAUUUCAGAUUUUCCACUUCCUGUCAGGAAGUUUGCUGCAAAAUGAGUUCUGUUUUACUCACAGAUAUAAUUCAAACGGUUUUAGAAACUAGAGAGUAGUUUAGAAACUAGGAAGUGGAAAAUCUGAAAUCGAUGCUCUCUUCUAGGGGCUGCCUAUAAAGGUCCUUGAUAUUUAUUAGAAUUAGGAUAAAAGGUGCCCAAUUUAAAUGGCCUCGUACUCUAUUCUAGAUCAUACAAUAUUCAUAUUAUUAUUACUAUUGGAUAGAAAACACUCACGUUUCUAAAACUGUUUGAAUUAUAUCUGUGAGUAAAACAGAACUCAUUUGGCAGCAAACUUCCAUACAGGAAGUGAAAAUUCUGAAAACGAGGAUCUGUUUCAGGGCCUGCCUAUUCAAUUGCCUUAUAUUUAUCGAUAUGCAUGCACUUCAUACGCCUUCCACUAGAUGUCAAGAGGCAGUGGAAGGUGGAAUGGGGUGUCUAGCUUGAUCUGAGGUCGAACAAGAGCUUUUGGAGUGGCAGGUCAGGAAUUUCCUUUCUCUACCAAGGCGCGAGGCGGAGCUCGAUAUUAGCUUGUCACGUUCCUGACCUAUUUCUGUUAGUUUGUUAUAUGUGUUAGUUGGUCAGGACGUGAGUUUGGGUGGGCAUUCUAUGUUUUCUGUUUCUGUGUUGGUUUAUUGGGUUGCCUGGUAUGGCUCUUAAUUAGAGGCAGGUGUUUGGCGUUCCUCUAAUUAAGAGUCAUAUUUAGGUAGGCGUUUUCACAGUGUUCGUUGUGGGUGGUUGUCUCCUGUGUCAGUGUUUGUCGCACCAUACGGGACUGUUCGGUUUGUUUGUUCAUCGUCAUUUAUGUGUAGGCUAUAUUCCCUGUUCGUGCGUUUUCUUGUUAUGUGAGUCCAUCGUCCAGGUCUGUCUACACCGUUUGUUAUAUUGUUAGUUUAGUCAAGUUCGUGUUUCGUGUUGUUCUUUAAUAAAUCAUGUCUUCAAACUCCGCUGCAUUUUGGUUCCCUCACUACUCCUCGUUUUCGGUUGAAGAGGAGAAGGACCGCCGUUACAGAACCACCCACCAAUCCAGAACCAAGCAGCAUAAUGUCGAGCAACGGGAGAGUAUACAGGACUUGUGGAGUUGGGAGCAGGUAUUUAACGGAGAAGGACCAUGGGCUAAAGUGAAUCACCGUCCAUGGGAACAGCUGGAGGCAGUUCGGAGAGCGGAGGAGAAGAGAGAGAGGAACCGGCGUUAUGAGGGGACGCGUCUUGCACGGAAGCCCGAAAAGCCCGUGAGUAACACCCAAAAAUUUCUUGGGGGGUGGCUAAGAGGUAGUGGGCCAAGGGCAGGUAGGAGACCUGCGCCCACUUCUCAGGCUAACCGUGGAGAGCGGGAGUACGGGCAGACACCAUGUUACGCAGUAGAGCGCAGGGUGUCUCCUGUAUGUGUGCAUAGCCCGGUGCGGGUUAUUCCACCUCCCCGCACUGGUAGGGCUAGAUUGGGCAUUGAGCCAGGUGUCAUGAGGCCGGCUCAACGCGUCUGGUCUCCAGUGCGUCUCCUCGGGCCGGCAUACAUGGCACCUGCCUUAGGCAUGGUUUCCCCGGUUCGCCUACAUAGCCCGGUGCGGGUUAUUCCACCUCCCCGCACUGGUCGGGCGACCGGGAGCAUUCAACCAGGUAAGGUUGGGCAGGCUCAAUGUUCAAGAGAGCCAGUACGCCUGCACGGUCCGGUAUUUCCGGCGCCACCUCCCCGCCCCAGCCUAGUACCUACAGUGCCUACACUACGCACUAGGCUACCAGUGCGUUUCCAGAGCCCUGUUCCUCCUCCACGCACUCUCCCUGUAGUGCGUGUAUCCAGUUCGGUGCCUCCAGUUCCGGCACCACGCACUAAGCCACCUGUGCGUCACCAGAGCCCUGUACACACUGUUUCUUCUCCCUGUACUAAUCCUGAUGUGCUUGCCCUCAGCCCGGUGCCACCAGUGCCGGUACCACGCACCAGGUGUAGAGUACGCUUUGAGAGUCCAGUGUGCCCUGUCCCUGCUCCCCGCACUAGCAUGAAGGUGCGUGUCCUUAGCCCGGUGCCUCCAGUUCCGGCACCACGCACCAGGUCUACAGUGCGCCUUAUCCGGCCAGAGCCAUCCGUCUCCCCAGCCUCAUCUGAGCCGUCCGUCUCCCCAGCGCCAUCUGAGCCAUCCGUCUCCCCAGCGCCAUCUGAGCCAUCCGUCUCCCCAGCGCCGUCUGAGCCAUCCGUCUGCAAUGAGCCUGCAAAGCCGCCCGUCUGCCAUGAGCCUGCAAAGCCGCCCGUCUGCCAUGAGCCUACAGAGCCGUCCGCCAGACAGGAGCCGCUAGAGCCGCCCGCCAGACAGGAGCCGCUAGAGCCGUCCGUCAGACAGGAUCUGCCAGAGCCGCCAACCAGACAGGAUCUGCCAGAGCCGCCAGCGAGCCAUGAGCAGCCAGAGCCGUCAGCGAGCCAUGAGCAGCCAGAGCCGUCAGCGAGCCAUGAGCAGCCAGAGCCGUCAGAGAGCCAUGAGCGUCCAGAGCCGUCAGCCUGCCAUGAGCGUCCAGAGCCGUCAGCCUGCCAUGAGCGUCCAGAGCCGUCAGCCUGCCAUGAGCGUCCAGAGCCGUCAGUCAGCCAUGAGCUGCCCCUCAGCCAGAAGCGGCUAGUAAUCCAGAACUGCCCCUCAGUCCAGAGCUGUCUCUCUGUCCGGAGCUGCCCUUCAGUCCGGAGUUGCCCCUCUAUCCUAAGCUACCUCUUUAUCCUGAUCUCCCUCUCUAUCCUGAGCUACCUCUAUAUCCUGAUCGAUCUCUCUGUCUUGAUCUAUCCCUCUGUCCCGGUGCUGCCCCUGUCGUGGAUGUUACCAAGAGGAUUUUGUGGGGGUAAGAUGUGGGUGGACAUUUUUAGGGGGAGAUGGAAGCUGGGAUUGACUAUGGUGGGGUGGGGACCACGCCCGGCGCCUGAGCCACCACCGUGGUCAGAUGCCCACCCAGACCCUCCCCUAGACUUUGUGCUGGUGCGCCCAGAGUUCGCACCUUAUGGGGGGGGUUAUGUCACGUUCCUGACCUAUUUCUGUUAGUUUGUUAUAUGUGUUAGUUGGUCAGGACGUGAGUUUGGGUGGGCAUUCUAUGUUUUCUGUUUCUGUGUUGGUUUAUUGGGUUGCCUGGUAUGGCUCUUAAUUAGAGGCAGGUGUUUGGCGUUCCUCUAAUUAAGAGUCAUAUUUAGGUAGGCGUUUUCACAGUGUUCGUUGUGGGUGGUUGUCUCCUGUGUCAGUGUUUGUCGCACCAUACGGGACUGUUCGGUUUGUUUGUUCAUUGUCAUUUAUGUGUAGGCUAUAUUCCCUGUUCGUGCGUUUUCGUGUUAUGUGAGUCCGUCAUCCAGGUCUGUCUACACCGUUUGUUAUUUUGUUAGUUUAGUCAAGUUCGUGUUUCGUGUUGUUCUUUAAUAAAUCAUGUCUUCAAACUCCGCUGCAUUUUGGUUCCCUCACUACUCCUCCUUUUCGGUUGAAGAGGAGAAGGACCGCCGUUACAUAGCUUCUGAAAAGCUUUCGGUUUAAACGGCAAAUAUCUCCGGCUCUGAUUUUAUUUGAUACAUGUGAUAAUAUAAUCGUAAAGUAGGUUUUUUCAAACGAGUUUUAUCAGUUUAUUCAACGUUUAUUGGGACUUUUGGAGUUUUCCAUUCUUUGCGUCAAGAGAGGGUGGGAACGUUAUCAACCUUGGCUAGCAUUGUUGGCGCGAAUUUGACAGAAGAAAAAGGACAUUCUAAAACCAAACAACGAUUUAUUCUGGACCAAGGACUCCUUGUACAAGAUUCUGAUGGAAGCUCAGCAAAAGUAAGAACAAUUUAUGAUGUUAUUUUGUAUUUCUGUGGAAAAUGUUGAUUCCUAUUCUCUGCCGUUUUGGCGAGCGCUGUCUCGCAAUAACGCAAGCUGUUUGUUAUGGUAAAGUUAUUUUUAAAAAUCUAACACGGCGGUUGCGUUAAGAACCAGUGUAUCUUUCAUUUGCCAUACAACAAGUAUUUUUAUGUAAAGUUUAUGAUGAGUUCUUUGGUCAGAUUAGGUGAGUGUCCAAAAUAUCUCUGGAGAUUCUGGUGAAUCGAUGCUACGUAUUCACAAUGUAUAAUCAGGAUUUGUAGCUCUAAAUAUGCACAUUUUCAAACAAAACAUAAGCGUAUUGUAUAACCUGAUGUUAUAAGACUGUCAUCUGAUGUCACGCCCUGGCCUUAUUAUUCUUUGUUUUCUUUAUUAUUUUAGUUAGGUCAGGGUGUGACAUGGGGAAUGUUUAUGUUUUGUUGUUUUGGGUGUUUAUUUGGUAAAGGGGUUAAUGGUUGUAGUGUAUGGUUUUGUGUUGAGUGUAGAUGUCUAGUAUUGUCUAUGGUGGUUAGUAUUCUAGGAGAGUCUAUGGUUACCCGAAUGAGUUCCCAAUUAGAGACAGCUGAUUUCGGUUGUCUCUGAUUGGGAGCCUUAUUUAGGGUAGCCAUAGGCUCUCAUUAGUUGUGGGUAAUUGUCUAUGUAAGAACGUUAGUAGCCUGUAUGUUUGUGCACAACGUUUGUAGCUUCACGGUCGUUUUGUUGUUUUGUUGUUUUGUUAAAGUGUUUUUGUGUCGUGUUCAUCUUCGUGUUAUAAUAAAAGAAGAUGGCUUAUUUUCCAAAAGCUGCAUUUUGGUCCGUUAAUCCGCCACACGAUCGUGACAUCUGAUGAAGUUGUUCAAGGUUAGUGAUUAAUUUUAUCUCUAUUCUGUCGGUUUUGUGCAAGCUAUUUUGGUGGGGAGUAAAUUGCGUUGUGUGUUUGGCUACUGUAGUGAGCUAAUAGAAAUAUAUACUGUGUUUUCGCUGUAAAACACUUAAAAAAAUUGAAAUAUUGUCUGGAUUCACAAGAUGUUUAUCUUUCAUUUGCUGUACACCAUGUAUUUUUCAUAAAUGUUUUAUGAUGAGUAUUUAUGUAUUUCACGUUGCUCUCUGUAAUUAUUCUGGCUGCUUCGGUGCUAUUUGUGAUGGUAGCUGCAAUGUAAAACUAUGAUUUAUACCUCAAAUAUGCACAUUUUUCGAACAAAACAUAAAUGUAUUGUAUAACAUGUUAUAAGACUGUCAUCUGAUGAAGUUGUUUCUUGGUUAGUGACUAAUUAUAUCUCUAUUUGGUCGGUUUUGUGAUAGCUACCUAUGCGGUAGAAACAUGGUGAAAAUAUGCGGUUGAGUCUUUGGCUAUUGUGGUUAGCUAAUAGAAAUACAUAUUGUGUUUUCGCUGUAAAACAUUUUAAAAAUCGGAAAUGAUGGCUGGAUUCACAAGAUGUUUAUCUUUUAUUUGCUGUAUUGGACUUGUGAUUUCAUGAAAAUUAUAUUAUAUGAUAUCCCUGUCCCGUUAGGCUAGGCUAUGCUAAUCAGCUUUUUUGAUGAGGAUGCUCCCGGAUCCGGGAUGGGUUUUAGUAAAGGUUAAACUGCAGUACCGAAGCAAAACUGUCGGAGCAGUCAAAACCGUGUUUCUGGACCGGAAGCCCGGGCCCGUUGAUGAGACUAGGCUGAACAAUCAUCAGUAGUUUCCAAACUUUCUAUAGAGCCUCCAGACCCCCUUGUUCUCACCUAUUUUACCUCCAUUAUACAUGUUACUAGAGUUAUGAGGAGUUUCCAAGCCUUGUGAAUUCCUUUCCCAUCAGUGCACUGGCUGUAACUAAACAUAUAUUAUUCUUAUUUCACGAGGGGUGAAUCUGAAUGCUUUCACUGUGACAUCAGCCUCUUUCACGCUUGCACACUAGCACAUUGUUGUGGCCGUGCGGCCGGAGGAACUUGGCAGGGACUGGGGCAGUGGUAGGGGGAUAGCGCUGAGGUGUGGACUGGAGCUGGGAAUGAGACUUGGACUGGAGCUGGAGGCUAAGAAAGGAGCUGGGGACAACUUCAACGUCUUCCUUACUGCGGGAAGCUCGGACUAAAGGAGGCACAGCUCUUUCACGCCAGAGACCUCCGAGACACGUCCGC